CUGCGGGAGAUGCUCCAGUGCCCCGUGUGCUACUGCAUGAUGGCCCCGCCCAUCACGCAGUGCCAGCAGGGCCACGCGCUCUGCUCGAGCUGCUACGCCUGCGUGGGCAAGUGCCCGACGUGCCGCGUGGAGCUGCCCGAGGCGCCGAUCCGGAGCCUGGCCCUCGAGCAGCUCGCGGCGAGUUUGCGCGUGCCGUGCAAGCACGCGGCGCGCGGCUGCGGCCUCGAGCUC